AUGACUCCAUUUGAGUUCAUUGGUGUACAGAAUUGGAGAAUAUCUGGGAUACAACGGCGGACUAAAGUAUUUCCAAUAUCCGGAUUGCCUCAGUUUUUCCUGCAGGCUGAUCCUGUGGAUUCUUAUCAGCAGCAGGAGUGGCGUUUAUUCAUGGGUUUUCUUAAAAAGCAUGAUAGGGUUGCUAUUGUGGAAUUUGAGUCAUUGGUAUUUUACAUACUUCCUCCUGAUACUGGUGCAAUUGCUGACCAUGCUGUAGUUGCCUAUCAAGAAAAGUCAGUUGGGUCAGUUCCAGGUCAUACCUUGCUGAAACCCAAAGAAGCAGCUGCCGCCAGAAUGGUUACAAUGCUGGACUCUGGGAAGUCUGAAGAAUUUAGUGGUAGUUCAGCAACUAAUGUUGGGGAGAGGGAUGUUUGUGCAGUGAAACACCAUCCUGAUUUUAAGUUUCAACAGGAAGCUGUGGUUUGUGUUUCACAUAAAUCUGUUCAGGAAGCCUGCAGAUCUCAAUCCAGGGAAGAAAAGAGAAACUUUUUUGAUAAAAAUUUUGGAUGCAGUAGUGAAAGGGUUUCAAAGAUUAAUUUGGAGAAACAGUCUCUUGAUAGUAAGUUCCAGCAGGAGGCUGUGGGUCAUUCUGCUCAUGAGUCUAGAGAUGAAGCUCAUUGUAGAUCUCAGCUCAUGUCAGUGCCCCAAGAUAAUAGUUUUGGGGAGAACUUUGUGCGGGUAGACCCUAGUUACUUGAAAACUCUUGGUCAGACUCAUUCAGGAUGGGUUUUUGGUGCCAUUGCUGAGCUUGUUGACAAUUCUAGGGAUGCCAAAGCAGCAAACUUGGAUAUUUCUAUAGAUAAUGUAUAUUCCAAGGUACUUGGGAAAGAUAUACCUAUGCUGUCUGUUAUUGAUGAUGGGCAUGGCAUGUCGCACGAAGGGUUGGUGAGAAUGGUCUCUUUUGGGCGCAAACAACCUGAUGUAGAUAAUCCAGAUCAUAUUGGAAGAUUUGGAAUUGGAUUCAAGACUGGAGCUAUGAGACUUGGUCAGGAUGCUUUUGUUCUUUCCCAGACUAUCGACUCCAGAUCCAUAGCCUUUUUGUCUCAAUCUUUAAAUGAAGGCAAGGAUAAUCUUGAGAUUCCUAUUGUGAGCUAUUCAAGACGAGGACAGGUUAUGGUAAUCAACACAACUGUCCAAUCCAAGGAGUUAGCAGAUUACAAUUUGAAGCGCAUAAAGGAAUUUUCACCAUUUGAUGAGUAUUUCAUUGGUGUAAAAUCAGGGUUAUUUAGUGAAAAGGGAACUGGAACACAAAUAUACAUAUGGAAUUUGGAUAAGUGGGGUUUGACAUAUUGUUUAGAAUGGCAGACUGGAAGGAGUGGCAAUUCAUCUUGUGACCAAGGUGACAUUUUAAUUCGAUCUAGACGGAUCAGGUCUCGGCCAGGGCAAAUUAGCCAAAAGGUGCCAUUAGAUUAUUCACUCCGCUCUUACAUGGAGGUCAUUUUCUUGGAUCCGCGAAUGAAGAUAUCUGUUCAAGGUUCAUUGGUUAAAACUCGACCCCUGGCAAGAUCCUUGAAUAGGACUCUUGUUGUAGAAGAUACUCUCUUGGGAAAGCCCGUUAAAUUGACUCUUGGCCGCAGUCAGCUAGAAUGGGAGCAAAUGAAUUGUGGAAUUUUCUUGUACUGGCAUGGUCGCUUAAUUGAGGCCUACAAGAGAGUUGGUGGCAUGGUUUAUAAUGCAGACAUGGGUCGUGGAGUUAUUGGAGUUAUAGAUGUUACAAAUCUAAUGGAUGAUGGGAAUGGUCAUGUGUGGGUACAUAACAACAAGCAAGGUUUCCAGGACUGUGAACCUUAUGCUGAACUGGAGCAGUGGCUGGGAAUCCAAUCUAACAUAUAUUGGGACAAAAAUUUUGAUACACUUGCAGUGAAAAAGAGAAAUGGAAAAUACGAACCUGAUCAUGAGUGGGUGCAGUGCGACAAAUGUAGGAAAUGGAGGGUUUUGCCAUCUGGCUUUGACAGCAAUAAAUUACCCCAACAAUGGUUUUGUCAACUGCCACCUUUCGAGCAACAAUGUGUGAUACCUGAACAACAAACUGGACGUGGAAUUAUAACUGUUGAUGCUAAGCGAUCUCAGUAUCUUGCCAAUGACACCCUGCUGAAAUUCACUGCCGAAAAGAAAUCGCAAGGUAGCUGAUAUUUGUCCUUUUCAUUCUGAUCUGUAUCUUAUUUUUCACCCUCCCUGACCAGUCAAUAGAGAUUCGG